AUGAUAGAAACUAUGAACAAAAGUUAUGCAAAGAUAGGGAUAACAGCCAUCCUAAAACUUUGUUUCAGUCAGUACUGGACAACAAACUUAGCUAAGAUAUGUGUAUUGAGGACGUAUGCUCCUGUUGUGACACUCCCAGUUGCCAUUAUAAUUGGAGCAGUUGGGUACACGUUAGAGAAUAGGUUGUCACGAAAGACUACUCCAAGUAUUGAAAGUGUUGAAGAAAGAAGAAGAAAGCGGCAGUUACAACUAGGCAAAGUUCUAAUCUCUCCAGAACCUAUCGAAGACCCCAGCACGAUAAUGCCAAGAACGAUACUUGACAGAAAUUUGUCUCCAUCUUUGAUGGACACUGAAGACUGACUAGACUAAGUAGAUAAUCUUGCAAUUUUUAUAUAGGUAGGAAAUAAGUCUGUACAUGAUAUUUUUUUGGUUUAUAUUUAAAGUAGAUCGUAGUAUUCCUUUCCUUCUUUUUUUUUUAAAGGAAAGACUAAUCACCUCCCACUAGUCAUUUUUUUAUUGAUUAAAACAUUUUUUGUGUGUUAGGAUUAACUUAGAAUCAGAAUCAGAAGGCAUUAUUCUUGAACGUAGAUUACAGAAUUUGUGUCAAUAAACAUUACAAUAAUUAAUGUACAAAAAACGUAAUGCUGGACAAUUCAUUACAGUAGUAUAAUCAAUAUAGGAUUUUCUUAGUAAUAAGUUGCUUAAAAAAAUUAUAUAUCGGUAAACAUGAACAACAGUGUUUGGCUCUGGCGUUAACAAUAAAGAAAUAAAGAGAUGAAGAAAUAAACAUAAUAUCUGUCAGAUAGAUUUCAAAAGAAAUAUUGUAUGAUUAUAGAUAAAUCAUGUUGAUUUAAAUUGAGUGAUAAUGGUACAAUUAAAAAAAUAUUUUUAUUGUUUUUUUUUUUUGUAUAAUGGUUUUUAUUUAUUUUGAAUAGUUCUGUUUCAAAUUGAUUAGUGCAAAUAUUAUUGAUUUAUUUUAAUGCAUGAAUUAUAGUAAAAUGUUAUGUAAAUUUA